AUUGUUGUUAUUAGCUUUGGCGGGAAAGGUCAUUCUCUGUCGCUGCAACAUUGUUGAUAAAAUUCUGAUUUCAACAUUGAAGUUGAAUUUUUUUAAUAUUUAUAUUAUAAUUAUUGAAAUAAAUCCUCUCCAUAUUAUUCCUAAAGUUACUAAAUCUCUUCGACCCAUUCACUGUUUAUUGUGUUUAGCACCAUUACUUUGUUUCUAUUGUUAAUUGUUAUCCUUUUUGUUUCAUGAAACAAUAAUGUUCAUUCAAGAUUUGGGCAAAGAAUUUUAUGAAUUGCUUUAUGGACAACGUAUUCUAGUUUUAGUCAAUUACGAUGUUGAUGCAACCUGUGCCGCUAAAUUAUUGUCCAGUUUGUUCCGAUCGGAUAAUAUUUUGUUUACCAUCGUUCCUAUUCUGGAUGCUGAAGACCUGUUUGUUACAUAUACAGCUCAUCGUGCUAGUGUAAAAUACAUACUCCUAAUCAAUAUUGGUGCGAGUCUAGAUAUUGUUGAAUUACUCGAGCCUGAAGAUGAGCAAGUUUUCUUCAUUGCUGACAGUCAUCGACCAGUCGAUGUAUAUAAUGCUUACAGAGGCAAUCAAGUCAGAUUGUUAAUGAAAAAUGAUGACGCAGGGGAGAUUCCAAGUUAUGAGGAUCUUUUCCGUGACUCCGACGAUGAAGAUGAUGACGAGGGGAGUCAAUCUAUAGCUGGUAUGACUUUAGAACAGUUGGAGAAAAGACAAGAGAGAAGAACCUGGAACGAGAAAAGGCUCAAAAUCUUGAGUGAAUAUCACGAAUUCAAUUAUUAUGGAGAAUCUGUUGCUUGGACAUUUUUCAAUCUGGCCCGAAAAUUGGGUAAAGAUAGCAAUGAACUACUCUGGUUAGCGAUAGUGGGUAUUUAUGAUUUGCGUCUAACAGGAAGAAUAGACCGCAACACCUUUAAGGGUUAUCUAGGACAACUAAAAAGUCACGUAAAACGUCUUGGUGAUCUGAAAAGCAAUGUCAACUUAUUCAGAGAGGCAACGCCUAUCGAUGAUAUAUUCAACGCUCCUGCAGGUCGACGUAGCUGUAUAUCAGUUACUCAUAAAAAGGAUUUACAACUUCUCCUUUAUCGUCAUUGGAAUCUUCAUGAUAGUCUCAAACAUACGAUGCAUGUUUCCUGCCAGUUUAGAGUAUGGCAUCUUAGAGGAUAUAAACGACUUCUAGAGUUUCUCGCUGAAUUGGGAAUUCCAUUGAGGCAGAGUAAACAAAAGUUUGCUUGCAUGGACUUAGAACUCAGAAAGCAUAUCCAGGAAUGGGUUUCAGAUCUGACUGAAAAAUACGGUCUUUCCAAAAUAAUUGAUGAUACCUUUGAAGCCAGUCAUGGAUUUAAGUACAAAUUUGUUGCCUCUGAUGUCGUAUACGGAGUAAAAGCACUUUUAGAAUCACCCAACAAGGAAUUGUCACCUAAAGAGAAAUUCAUGAAAGCUUUAGAUUCACUUUCUUGGACGAAAACAGAUGUUCUCAUCGAAGGAAUAGAGUUAGCAAAGUUACAGCAUUCAGCAAUCUUGAAAGCUGUUCAUGAUAUCAUCGAGAUGAGAGCCAUCGAGUCUGCUGGGCCUUUCUUGCAUACCAUAAUUCCUGAAGGAGCACCCGAUGCCAAAUUAUUUUCCUAUCCUGGUUGCUUAAUUGCAUUAGCUCGCUUUGCAUUAGAAGCCUAUGUAGUAAGUGUGAGACGAAAGAGAGUUCUCGAUUUACCAUUGAUAGUCGUGACUCCUGACGUUAAUACUCCUGGUUGCUCGUUAGCGGUUGGAAUACCUCCAGUAUCUCAAGAUCCAACGAAAAAUUUGUUUGGUACAGCUUUUAUUGAAGCAGGAAAAAUGAUCAACUGUCAAAUUGAAGUAACUCUUUAUGACAUGUGUGUGGUUCGAUUUCCAUCUGAAGAGAGGUCAAAUCUUUUCGAAGCUCUCAUUAUUCAACUGAGAUAAUCCAUACUUAUUGGUGUAUUUUUCUUUUAUUAACAAUUCCUAGUUAUACAUCAUGCAUAAUUUUAUAAUAUUAUUUAAGAUUAUAUAGUAGUGAGCUGGUUGGGGAAGAACAGAACGACUUAAGAGUUCUUUUUUUCAGGAUAAAACAUAUUAUUUUUGUAUCAUCAAACUUCUUCCAUAUUGUACAGGUUAAUGGGAAAAUCUUGCAUUUAUAUCACAAUAUAACUCGAAAAGAUAGCAUCGCCUACGAGAAAAUCUUUUCUAUUUCAUCUAAUCAUCAUUUUAUCAAUAUACAAUUGUAACUUUUCAAAUGUCAAACUAAAUCAACUCAAACUCGCCGUACUGCGGCUUAAACAUGUGGUUAAUAAUUAAACAAAAAUAAAUUUUGCAACUGAUUAUUCUAAAUUAUU